AUGUCGCAUGGACACAGCCACGGCGGCGGCGGAUCGUGCAAUCACGAUCACGGCGGGGGAGACGCUGGCGGAGGAGGCGUAAUGGUUCCCGGCCCUCACAUGCAACAGCCUGCCGCCCUCCCAUCUCGCGACAUCUGGACUGCCGCCAGGAGAGGAGAUGUCGAUCUGUUGCGAGUCCUUAUCGAAGAGGAGAAGAACGACAUCAACCAGGGCGACGAGGACGGUUCCACUCCUCUCCACUGGGCUGCCUACUUUGACCGGUUGGACACCAUCACCUACCUCCUGCAGCGGGGCGCCAACAUCGACGCGCUCAACGAAAAGGAGGCACAGACGCCCUUGCACUGGGCUUGCAUCGGCAAGAGCCUGCCGAGCAUGCUGCUGCUGAUCAAGGAGGGAGCGGACAUCACCAAGAGCGACAAGCGUGGAUACGAUAGUCUCGUUCAUGCCUGCCAGUACGGCAACGUGCUCAUGGCUCACAACCUCAUCGUCAAGCAAGGACUCUCCGUGGCGCACCGGGACACGGAGGGCCAUACGCCGCUGCACUGGGCGGCGUACCAGAACCACGAAAGCGUGGCCCGAUUGCUCAUCUCCCUGGGCGCAGACGUCAGGAGCGUGGACGACGAGGGACUCACGCCCAUGCACUGGGCUUCGCUCAAGGGUCAUUUCCAAAUGGUUCAGUUUCUGAUACUGAACGGCGCCGACGUGCACGCCGUGGACUCCGACGGCUACACGCCGCUCGACCUGGCCAAGCAAAAGAACAUGAAGAACACCGUCUCCCUCCUCAAAUAUUCCCAGGGCUACACAUCCCAAAGCGAGGCAAGGAACUGGCGCACCUGGUUCUUGAUGCCGUGGCUCCUGGUGCCCCUCCUCUUCUUCUUCAUCGACACGCUGCCCUUCCUCGCGACGGUCGUCGUGCUGGCCGCCAUCUUCGUCUUCAUCAGGCGGCUCAUCAGCUACAUGUGGCUGGGCAAGGACACCAACAACCCCUUCUUCAUGUCCGUUAUGGCCGCCGCCUACGCCCUCUCGACCUGGGUCUACUUCAUCAAGAUCUUCCCAGUGACCAACGAGUACGGCAUGCUGACGAUGUUCUUCAUCGGAGUCAAUUUCAUGUGGGCGUCGCUGUUCCUGUACCUGGUGCGGUCCGACCCGGGCUUCCUGAAGCUGGACGAGGCCGGGGUGGAGAAGAUCUACCACAAGCUGAGCCUCGGCGCCAAGAACAUCCCUCAGCUCUGCCCCACCUGCAUGAUCGCGCGUCCGAUUCGUUCCAAGCACUGCAGGAGCUGCAACCGGUGUGUCGCGCGCAUGGACCACCACUGCGCGUGGCUCAACAACUGCGUGGGCGUGAACAACCACCAGCCCUUCAUGGUCCUGCUCACGCUCGUCAUCCUGCUCCACUGGAUCUUUGCCUUCUUCUGCGUCCAACUGCUCGGCUCGCUCGACGGCGCUCCGUCGAUCUGGGCGGUGCACUCGGCCAUCCACUUUUACUACAGCCAGGAGGCGAUGUUGCUGAUGCUGAUGCUGUUCCACCUGUUCAACGCGCUCUGGGAGAUGUACGUGUUCUACCAGCAGUGGACGCUCAUCUUCGACAACGUCACCGCCAACGAGUACCUCAACGGCACCAAGUAUCCCUACUUCAGGGAUCGCGAGAACAGGUUCCGCAAUCCGUUCGACAAGGGAUGGAAGGGCAACUUCAAGGACUUCCUCCACCCCACGCUCGACUACACCGACCUCUUCGAGGUGCCCGACACGCACGACUCUGCCUAA